AUGCCUCCCACAGGACCAGUUGACCUCAAGAAGGAAGUGAACUUCGCUUCUCUCAAGGACCGCAAUGUCCUCAUUACCGGCGGCGUGUCUGGGUUGGGGAAGACCAUGGUGAAGAUGUUCGCACGGCAUGGCGCCAACAUUGUCGUUGGCGAUGUUCAAGACAACCUGGGAGCUGCACUUGAGAAAGAGCUGGGUGGUGAUGCGAAGAUCAAAUAUGUCCACGUCGACGUGACAUCUUUCGAAUCACAAGUUGCCAUGCUUCGUCAGGCUCUGGAGUUCUUCCCACGGAAUGAAGUCGAUAUCUUCGUCCCUUGCGCUGGCGUGCUUGGCGCCCCAACGAACGUAGCUCCGGCUGAUCCAAGUGAGCUGGCCAAUUUGAAGUCUCCGCCAGCCGACAUGAAUGGUCGUAUCAUUAGUGUCAACCUAACAGGUGUCUUUAAUGGGGUGAUGCUUGUCGCGAGAUAUGGUUUCGGCUUGCACAAGAACCCCAAGCCUGAGCCGACCAAGAGCGUCGUGCUUAUAGCUUCGCUCGCAGGGUAUUGUGGUGCAGAGGCUCCGUCGAAUACACGACAACCAAGUAUGGCGCUCAACGCCGUAGCACCAUUCUACGUGGAGACGCCAAUGACAGAGCAGGCGGUGCCGGUGUUGAAGCAACUUGGCAUUCCCAUCGCCUCUACUGAGCACGUCACAGAAGCUGUGGCACGACUGUCAACGGACGAAAACGCUUACGGUCGUUCUAUCUUUGUUAUGCCAGAGGGCCUGUCAGAUGGUGGUGACGAUGCCGCGGGUGGCGAGGGAGGGCAGUCCUUCUCAACGAAAGCCUUUGGGGAGCAUUGGGCGGUGCUCGUAAAUGGACCAAUGUCGGACAGUAUCGUAGCCUAG